AUGGAUGGUGCACAGCAGACAGAGGCCGUGUAUCGGUUCAGUUUUGAUGUCAAUCCCUCAGAUGUGCUUGAACUGAACGCCACACUGGGAGACUGUAUACUGCACGACCCUGUGAAAGCCAUUUCACUCUUUCAGUCAUUUCCCCGUGGGUAUGGUCCAAUGAGACCCUUGGCUUUGGAGGGCCUUGUAAUUGCCAUGACACGUGUCACCAAAUACACACAAGGAGCCAGAUUUCUCUGCUCAGAAGAGAAAUGCCCUUGUUCUAGAGGGUUUCAUCAUAUCAGAGUUCAUGCACCAGGUGCCACAGAGUCUGCCACGGUUAGGAGUGAUUUUACCUGCUUUCUCUGCUCUUCUCCGCUGAGAGAGGAUGUGAAGUCCCGGGUUUUAGGGGAUAAACAGCUAGUUGAGCUCAUUCAUGUGAGAGCAGUGGAUGUUUUAGGAGUUCAUGAUGCUGAUUCCUUAAGAUAUCAAUCUGUCACACUUUUUCUAAGAGAUGAACUGUGUAACUCCAUGAGAAUCGGCCAUCUGUACCGAGUUGUGGGGAUUCCAGCUCAUGUACACCAGUGGCCCAAUGUAACCUGGAGCGUAGAGGCUUGCAGCAUUCAACCAUGGACCCCCAAAUGCCCCUGUCUGGUUAGCAACAACUUCCAGAAACUUCAGACAGCCUCGGCCUGUUCCCCGUGGAGAUUUGCUGCCAUUGUAGCCAACUCAUUUGGUUCCCCGGUGGUCCCACCUGGACUUUACAACACAUUAAAACUGGGGCUUCUUCUUAGCCUAGUGCAAACUGAAGAUAAUCCAGACUCUCCCAACCACCUGGAUGUGCUUGCUCUUACCAGUGACACUCUAAUCAUUGACAGGUUGAUGAGAUAUAGCCUGCCUUUAGCCUCGCGUGGCAUUCAUCAUGCGCUAACAGGAGAGCUGUUGGCAUCUCUAUCUAGAGAUGAACAUGGAGCUGGUACCGCCAACAUCCAUGCAGGUUCAGCUUUGCUGGCAUCUGGAGGUGUCUGUCUGUUGGGAGAUCUCACCUGCUACAAGAAAGACAAGAUGGACAUGCUUCAGUCUGCUCUCGAAAGCAGAACCGUGUCUGUUUUCAUUCCUGGCAAGAAAUAUGGUGAUGAUAUGGACCAGCACCUCUCCUUCCCAGUCCAGUGCAACUUUUGGGCCCUAGCUGAUGCUACUUCCCCCUCCAAGAGGACAGCCAGAUGUGAUAAUGUGGUGCUGGGUUCUGUGGAAAUGGGCUCAGUUCCUCUUCAGCUUGCUGAAUCGUUUGGACUCAUAGUCCAGUGUAGAGAGACAAGCAGCAAUCAUCCACUCCUGUCUAUGACACUGCAUACACUGAGACAGGCCAUGUCCCCAGAAGAGCCCCUAUAUCCAGCAUGUAUGCAGUUUACCACACAAGACUAUAAAGAGCUACUGGCUCAUGCAAGGGAACUAAAGGUGGACCUGAGUCCUGAGGCUGAAAGAAUGAUCCACAGCUAUUACUUGGCCAGUCGUAGAGUUCGCUCUGACUCGGCCCAGAGAUCCACUGUCUCAGUCACUUCUGUCAAACUGCUGAUUACUUUGGCCCAGGCUCAUGCUAAACUCAGUUUAAGAACACAAGUUCUGGAGGAAGAUGCAGUAAUUGCAGUUCUGCUGUGCGAAAGUUCAGUCACCCUAAAACAUGGAGCCUCUGCGCUUGUUUUUCCACCCGAUGCAGUGUUUCCUUGUGCUCUCCGUGACCUGGACUCCUUGCACCAGAGGGACCUCAUGUUGGAAGAAUCCCACAAGCACAUCUUGCAUUUUGUGCAAACCUACGCAACCUGCACAGUUGAGGAAUAAAUUAAGGUAUUACACACAGGAAAAACAACAA